UUAAAGGCAUAUUGUGAUAUUGGCUCUAAAAAUCCUUCGUUUUUAAAAUGCUAUGGAAUAUCCAAACAUCCAAAUUCCGAAGAUUAUAUUAUUGUUUUAGAAUAUGCGGCAAUGGGUUCCUUACGUCAAAAUCUUCGUUCUGUAGCAGAAAUAGAAUGGAAAGAUAAAUUAAAUUUGUUGCAAUGUAUUGCAUCAGACCUCCAAAUAAUUCAUUCACAUAACCUUAUUCAUCGAGAUUUACAUAGCGGAAAUAUACUACUGAAUAGCUUAAAAAGCGCUUAUAUUGCAGACUUAGGACUUUCAAUAACUGCGAAUAUUGAAUCAAAAACGAAAUGUUGGAGCAAAGAACCAGAAAAACGACCAACUGCAAAAGAAAUUGUUGAUAUUUUUGCGGAAUGGCAGAAUAAUGAAAAUAUUUUAUCUGAAUUAACUGAAUCUGAUAGAAAACUACAAAGCAUAAAAAAUGAAGAUAUACAAGCAUAUAUUGAAUCCAAUAAUGAAGAUAUACAAGCAUAUAUUGAAUCCAAUAAUGAAGUUAUAGAAGCAUAUAUUAAAUCCAAUAAUGAAAAUAACUUUACUUCACCAACUUCAAAUGAGUAA